GGACGAAAACAACAUAGGAGGCCACAGGAGGUGCUUUUCUCUCCUUUACGUCUGAAGUUAUAAUCACUUUUGCCGCAAAACGGAAUGCAAAGGAAAACAAAGUAAUCUUAAAAUACAACUGAGAUCUUUGCAAACCAAUUAUUUUAAUAUUCUGUCAACUCCUGUAUAACGAAAAAGCGUGAAAAAUUACACUCUAGUUGCAAAGGAAGAUAGUAAUAGUAAAAUUUGUCGCGUCUGCUUUUAGACCAAGUCUAAAGCUCAGAAGCUUGUUUUCCAUUGCUGGGUUAUUUAUUAGUCUAAUUAUGAAGAAUAUUAAUUUAUACACACGGAUUCCGGUCGUCUGAAGUGCCCUCAUACGAAUUUGCCCGCUUUAGAUAAAGCGCAGUUUAGCAACCCGAAAACUGCGGACUUGGUCCGGUCAGGAAUGGUUUUGAAGAUCAUCCAUAUAGUCGUUGUUCCGGCGACUGGGAAUUUUAUCACUGUAUCUUUUGUAGACAACUGGAUCGCGACCGAAAGCAGCGCGCUAGGGCGAUCCCAACUUCUUUAGCCUUGGCCUUUUAAUUUAGCCUUAUGCUCAUCUCAUUCUAAGUUUACAUGAAGAAAACUCGGAAAUAGAGGAAAAUGCGUUGGUGUGAAAAGUAACAAAUGUUUGCGUUACGACCGCUAAAGCAGUUCCCUUGCCCCACCUCCUGGUUCCUUUCCUGUCUCUUAGAUGGGAUGCUAACCCAUUGUGCAGGCCUCCCAAGACAUUUAUUAGUAACCAGACUGAGAGCCCAGUGGCCAAACAACUUGCCCGUCUUCGUUGAUUAACAGACCUUGGCCCACGGUCUUGCCAUCAGAUGCCCUCGACAAAUUCUGAGACAAAAUGGCAUGCAAUUUAUAACCUCUACCGUAACUUGCGAUCAGGUGUUCCUAUUUUUUGAGGAGGCGGCAGUUUUCUCGCGUUGUGCAAAAAUAAGAACGCCUGAUCGUAAGGUACCAGGAGGGUACCAUUGUUGGUUCUCGCCUUAGCAUAAGAUUUCUUCUGUGUUUACUGUUCAUCUUCGUCUGCCAAAUUUGAUUAUACGUCAGUUUCUUGCAACAUUACAAUAAUUGAGCUGACGGACAUAGAUGCAAAACGCACAGUCUAACAAUGCCAGGCUCUUUUCUGUCGUUGGCCGCCUUUUCCAGUUUAUCGCAUUAAAAUUUUCAUUUUCAUGGAUUUAAUGUCCCCUCUCCGUCUCUAAAGGCACUGUUAUGUUUUGUUUGUUUGUUUGUUCGCGUUCACUUUCUUUUGUUGCAAGAGGACUGGUACUUGUGUUACAUCCGGGAUAUAUGAUAUAUCCCACAAUUCUCUACGGCCAUGCCUGAAAAGGAGGCCUUCUUUCUUCCACGCGGUCGAGGCCGUCUUCGUUGUAAAGCGAGGCUCUCCUCGAAAGUUUGGCGCUUUUAUUUUUAGCAGCUUUCCUGUCUCGCUUUCAAGCGUAAACAAGGAAAACUAUUUCAUUCAUAUCAGUGAUCAUAUUGUCAGUCUUGGCUUCGCAAGAACCUGUCGAUUUUGAAGGCGAUGGCGGCGGAUUCCGCCGAAACGUUGUCGAGCGAGGCCAUUCAGCAACAAAUCAUGGCUACUGAACAAGUUUCCGCGGCCGAAGCUCUCCAAGACGCCAUGUCAGCGAACAUUUCAACAACUAUUCAAACUAUUUCACAGCAGAAUGGGGGAAUCACCACCAUUUCCUCAUCGACUUUACCCGAGACAAUGACGACUACUGAAGCGAUGAUGGCGACGGAAAGCAUUUCAGUUGGUACACAACAAGGGGCUUCGGCCACGUUGAGCGGGCAAGAUCAAGAAAUCGUGGAUACUAUUCCCCAAGUCCAGGAACACGAGUCCGUUGUGAGUGUCGCUGGAAGUCAGGAAAGUCUGGUCAUUUCAACUGAAAAUGUUGCCAUUACUACGAGUGCUUCGCUUGAUGCUUCGCAACAAAUAGCGAAUUUGUCCAGUUCGGUACAAGCGAAUUAUCCAUGGGCCGCGCGACUUCAUGAUUGUGAACUUAUAGGGGAUUCCUACAGGGGAUAUGUAACAAGUGAAGUGGAACUAGACUUGAUCCUGACAUUACACAAACAGCACACCAACAGCUGCUGGGGAACAAGGCAGUCUCCUUCAUCUGCUAAACCGUCUAUCCGUCUGAUGUGGAAAUCACAGUAUGUACCAUACGAUGGCAUACCAUUCCUCAAUACAGGUCGACGAGCAACAGUAAUGGAAUGUCAAUACGGACCAAGAAGGAAGGGAGCUGUCAACAAGAAACAGCUGGACUAUGAUGAACAUGGCCGUCCAAUGAAAAGACAUCGGCCUACAUGUCCUGCCAGGAUUUAUGUCAAGAAAGUGCGUAAAUUUCCAGAGUUCAGGAUAGAUCCGAAUCUGGAAGGAAAGAAUGUCCGACAGGCCCAGGAGAGAGCAUUAACGGCACUUAGGCUGGCAGGGGUGCAUGAUGGUGGAGAGGAGAGGUACUAUGUUCAACUUCCACUUCCUCUAGCUCAUGAAUACCAUGAUGUCGAUGACAUCCCUAUGGACCCUGACGAGGGUGACUCACAAGGACAGCGUCUCAAUCCUGAAGUCAUGCACAAGAUCCGCGAACUUGUGGCAAGAGGUGUCAGUGGGAUCUACACUGUUAAACAUUGCUUGAAGGAGUAUGUUGAGAAAGAACUGUUUAUAAAUUUGGAGCCACCACCUAGACAUAACAAGUCAUAUUUCCCCACCAUCAUUGAUAUCCAGAAUCACAUUCACCAAGCACAGAUGGCACUAGCUACUGGUGCUCUUAUGCCUCUUCCCCCGCUCACAAAUCUUCCAGCAAGCUCUCCACAACUUAAGGAGAAAACCCGUAAACGGAAGCAUGCACCAGAAAAGCUAUCACAGUCAUCGCAGACAACAGCUGAGGCUAUUGCAAGUAUUCAGCAGCAUUAUCAGUCAGCGCGGCCAUCAAUAUUAACUACUCAAGAUCAAGAACACUUGAUUCAACAGAGUGGCAGAGAAAAUUACCAAGCUACUGAGGCUCACCAGCUUGAGAUUAUCCAAGGCUCCGAGGGAGAAACUUCUGAAGUGGAUAUUUCUGCUCAGCCACAGAUCCUUAUCACCCAGGGCACUGGCACAGGAAGAGAUGAAGGUCAAGUUGUUAUUGUUGUGAAUGCCAGCAGUUUCUUCUCUGGUCAAUCUGAUUCUGAGACACCAACAACACUUUCAUUAACUAUACCAGCUUCACAAGUGGCUAGCUUGAGCCAUGCCUCUCUACACUCCGGGGCUGGAUCACAGGCAGUUACCUUCAUUCCACAGCAAGCUGAUCCAGCAACAGUUCAGACAUCUGGAUCUGCUACAACUCCUCAGACUGUUGCAUUCAUUCCACAGUCGUUAGACAACAGUCGUGGUGCUGUGGCUUUCUUAACAUCUCAGCAGACAGACAAUACUAGUCAAGUGCCUGUGUCUGCAGCCUAUCUUGCAACAAAUGGACAGUCAAGCAACAUCUUGAGUAUGCUGGACUCUGCAUUGCAAGCAUCUGCUGGAGCCUCUGCCCCUGUGCUUCAAGUAGGUACAAAUCUAGGAGCAGUCCAGAUGACUGACAACAGUCAGACAACUGAAACAGUUCCUGGACAAGUGUUGACAGCUCAAGCAGCUGUUGAAGCUGUUAUCAGUGCUACAACAGCCAGGGAAGAAACAAAACAAUUAAGUGCAGGAGAAGAGAGUGUUGAGGGUGAACCUGAAGCUAAGCGUCAGAACCUUGGAAUGGACUUCUCAUCACUGGUCAAGGAGGCAGUGUUUGAUAGUCAACAGGUUGAAACAGAAACUACUGAAGGGCAAUUACGAAGCACGAUAAAAAGUGACCAGCCACAAAUGGUUACUAUUCCUACAUCGACAACUGCCCCGGAAACAGAAAACACACAGCUUGUCAGUCUAUCACAAACCAAUGAGGGUGGGAAUUUCAUUGCCAUGGAAACAAGGCCAGUUGUCAUGGUAACAGAAUCUGUUCUGCCAUCAAUGCAGGAUGGACAUGGAAUUGUUACAGAUUAUCACGACAAUAACCAUUCAUUACUUGAAGACAGAGAUGAAAAACUGGCUGGACAGGAUAUCCAGCCUUACAAACUUGCCGAACAAACCACAUUACAACCACAGCAAACUGAUGCACCUUACGAAACCAAGAUUCCUUCUCCUGAAAUACCUCACAUGAUGGAAACACCCCAAGAUGUCCUAGUCUCCAUGGAAACAGCUUCUAAAGAAGCUAAAGAACACACACCUGUUGAUGAAAACAGUUUGAAGACAGCAGAAGAAGAACAGAAUAUUCAGGGUUAUACGGUGCAGGCCCCAUGCACAGAAAGCACCAACAACAGCGGACAAAUGAAUGUGCCACUUAUGUUUGAAAGUGGCCAACAGCUAUCUGAAGAUGAAGCUUCAAGCAUAUCUCAUUCGAAUGUUGUUCCCACAGUGAAUAACACAAGAGAAGUUUUUACGCAGUAAAUCGAACCUAGUGUUGUGUUACUUUCAUGAACUUUACCGUGAUUACAACAGUUUCUUGACGUGAGGUACCUCUUAACUUCCGCACUCUUUUUGAACAAGUCUACUACAUGUAGUGUUGGACACAUCAGAACCUUAGACCCGAAGAAACAAUUUAAUUCUGAUUUUCUGUGGAUUACUUUGUUUCGUAUACAUAGAGAGAGAAACCUCAUUUAAUCUUCAGUAGUGAUUUUACUGUUGGUGCAUAGGAGCACGGCAAUGCCUCGUCCUUGCUUUAGGGGUUCUGCUGCGAAUUCAUCGCGGUGGGACGAAUUCAUCGACCACGCCCCAGACGAAAGCGUUCCCAACGCGCGACCAUGCAACCGUGGGAAUGUCCCAGGGAAGGGGCAAAAGUAACUACUUUUAUCGAACAGUUUACUGUCAAUACUUCUGAUUUCUGAAAGAAAACUUACAGAAGCACAGUUUUUCGAAGGGCAACAUCGAGCUCUUCGACCUUGACAGUUCUCGAUCCAUUUCUUAAAAAAAUAUAUCUGUAAAUGUAAUGCAUUCGUCCAUUCACGUUGAAGGUCAAAGAUCAACUUUUUAACUUAUUCGUCAGAACAAACUUUGAGAACUCGCUGAGUCGUCAGAAGGAUUCGAGGUCGAAACAAUAAUAACUCAGUUGUUGUGCUUGCGAAGAUUAAAACAAAUGAACAGAAGUCCUCUUUUUAUUGCGCUCUUUAUUGUGCUAUUUAAGGCGCGUUAUUCGCUUAAAUAAAUGAUUUACGAUGUCAAAUCCCUGCCGGCAUACUGCGGAGAUGAAAGGCGAAUCGGUCGAGGCAAAACUCGUGCCAAAUGUACGAAGAUAUUGUAGCAGUAUAAUUCCCUAGUACCACGCCAAUGGAGAAGAUGAUUAUCGUAAACAGCGCUCGUGAAAUUCAGACAGUCAAUCACUGUAGCCGCAACUAGUGAAACAAAGCAAGUAGAACUCGCCGCUGACUUGGCGGCGCAAAGCGCGGGAAAAGUUGCGUUGUUCAAGUCGCAAGUAGUUUUUGUUUUCAACCUGGUUGGUGGAUGCAACAGCUCAUUCACUCUGAUUAGCCAAAAACGCCUUGGACCAUUAAAAGAGGCACCUACAGGGUUACUAUAUUAUUGGCAAUUUACCAAGCGUGACCGAGGAUUUGAACUCGGGACUACCGAGAAAGAAACCCCGCCAGUUGCUGGGUGGAGGCCUUGAACCCGGGACCUUCGGAUUUCAACACCAGCGCCCUAAACUACUCGGCAACGCUGCCUCUCUUCCACGCUGCCUCCAAGAGUAAAUAAACCUAACAUUGUGAGUAAGAGAAUGAACUGUCUCCUAGACAAUCUUUUUAUGGCUCCUGUUUGCUACAAGUGUUACUAAUGUGAAUAAAAAAUCUUGAAGUGAGGCUACAACUUUCUACUUUGGUAUGUGCUUUCGCCAAGUCCCUUUCUUUUAUAUUCAUGUAGAUGAUUCGUCAGACAUACAUGAUUGACCGAAAUCCCCAGUCACAUUUUCGAAGACCAUUUUUUCUGUUGGUGAUCAAGGGCGUGAGCAAAUUUAACUACUGCUGCAAUGAAAGAGCGCCAACGCAAGAGAAAACAAAGAAACCGCUGUGAUCACAGAGAAUUCUUUGUGCGCAGAGUUACAUUGACUUUGCCAGCGAAACACUGUCUUGACCAUUACACUGAAGACUACUGAAUAUUUAAUCGAACUCGGCGAGAGCAGGUAAUCUCUUUCCAGAUCUCCUUCUGACAAUCUUCAUUCUCGUCCCAAGAGCCGCCAAUGCCUCUUAGCUCUGUAAACAA